GGUGUACCGGUUCUCUCUGCCAGUAACUUCGGAUAUGAAGACAUGCCCGACAUUCUAAGUCCGGACAGGUGGGCCAACGAGUACAAGGAGUGUGCUGGUAAGUACCAGUCCCCGAUCGACAUCGAGGAGAGCCUGGUCACCAGGGUCAGCCUGCCGCCACUCCACUUCUCCGGCACCUCCGACCUCCCCUACACCAGCACCCUCACCAACAAUGGACACACAGUGAUGUUAGAAAUAAAUGGAACGGAGCCUAUAAUGGUAUCAGGAGGACCUCUCAAGGAGACGUACACCUUCCAGCAGCUUCACUUCCAUUGGGGCGCAGAUGAUUCCUCUGGCAGCGAAGACACCAUCAACAAUCACAGUUUUCCAAUGGAGCUGCAUAUGGUGUUUUUUAAAAGUGCAUACAACUCUUUUGAAAAGUCACUCAACCACAAAGAUGGCUUAACAGUGGUAUCACUAUUUUUUGAGAUCAGUAACCGGGACAACAAGGCCUAUUCCGAACUGGUGGAUUCUCUCAAGUCAAUAAUCCAUCCAAAUGAGCAGGUCGAAUUGCCUUACUUGCUUCCUCUAGAUUUUUUCCUUCCCAAAAACAAACAGAACUAUUUCACAUACAACGGAUCUUUAACAACCCCUCCUUGCCUGGAAGUAGUCACCUGGAUUCAGUUUAAACAUCCUGUUUUACUUUCUCACAAACAGCUGGAUUCAUUCAGAAAAUUGCAGUCUGACACCGGUUACCUGACCCACAACGCUCGACCCCUCCAGCCGCUCCACGGUCGACAAGUCCUCUACAACACCGCCGACCUCAAGUCAGCUGCUCCUCAACAUUCUCCUCAAGUAGCCUUCGCGUUGUUAUCAGUUCUUUUAUUAUUUAAAUGGUCUAGUUAG